CUCUCAGACGCCAAUAACAUUGCAUAUCCUUUAUCCGCACAUCUCCAAACUAGUACAACAAUCGGCUGUCCGUGGCUCAGCAUCUGGCCUGGAUCUCUCGGCUUUGUGAUGGAUAAGGGCAUGACCCAACCGGCGGCGGAUCUCAUCACGCAUUGCCCACCCAAUGCCAUGUCACCCACCCUCCCACCCACUCACCCCUGGUGUUUCUUACAUUAGUACAUACCUACGGAUAGUUCUAGAGCUAAACCUAUAGCCCGCUUUUCCUCUCUGUUUCGACAGCUCCCACGCAUAUGUCGGUAACGGUACAUUGCCGCAAAGCUCUGGCUCUGCCUCUGGUCCCUGAGGCGAGGACGAGGCGGCCACAGUUGCUUUCGGUCAAGGAACGGGACACGGGAGCUAUCCUAUCCUGCACACCCUCCCAAUUUGACCCCAGAGAUCGACUUUCGUCCACACGUUCUCCCACGAGGUUAAUUUACGUCUUCUUACUGGCUGCUGCUUCUUCAAGAUGCCCGUCACACUCGUCUUGAAUAUCCGAGCUCUUGUUGCUGCUAUCUCGGUCGUGAUGUAGUUCAAAUACUGCCCUUCCUCGCGCCAUGAAGAGCCGUCGGUUUCCCGUUUCUCUCCAGAGCCAAGACAAGGCAAUCCCAAGUCUUGAAUUCCUCAAUUGUUCGUUAUUCGUUCCCGACCCAAUCUAAGGCGGGCCCUCGGCAAUUCUUCUUUGCCUCCAGCAUAAAACUUUUCUACCCCGUUGGUGGUUGGCAUUUUCGCUUUGCGCAUGGAAUAUACAUCUUGUUCCACCUAGUCUGUCUACCCGCCUAGUUAUUCCUGCCUCCUCAUAUCAACAAAACCCCCAUACACAACUGCGGGAUCACCUUGAAUCAAGCACCUUCACCAUCACCCGAGGCUCCAACCGCCUUCUCUCAAAAUGGUUCAUAGGCACCAUCAUCAUGAGUCUACAAUCCCAGGCGAGAUCCCUGUCCCGCACGGUCCUCCAGACAGCGAUUCUGAGCACAUCUCAGAUGAGCCUAUCGCAUAUGCCACUGCUGAUGAGCGUCGCAUCUUCAGCCAUGUAACCCGCCCAGACGACUCCUACACUGAGGACGGCGUCUACUGGGCUGAUCUGCCACUGACUCAGCGUUAUCGCUUCGUUUCAAAGGUCGACAACGAUGCUGCCAAGGAGGAGGCCAAGACUGCUUGGUCCAUGUUCAAGGAGGACCCUCUUUCGCCUUUCUCGUGGUAUUUCCGCCAUGCUGUCAUUCCUGGAGCCGGUCUUGGUCUGGAGGGUUAUGUCCUCUUCUCCAUUGGUAACCUCGAGCCUCUCUUCAAAGCUGUCUGGCCUGAUUGCUGGGGCAAGGAACCCACUACCUGCUCUCACAACUGGAUUGCCUCCGUGACAUACCUCGAAAUCAUCGGUAUCAUGGUUGGCCAGGCUGUUGUUGGUGUUAUGGGAGAUUGGGUCGGUCGCCGAUGGGGCCUCAUCCAGGACGCUGCCAUCAUGUUUGUCGGCCUGCUCAUGCUCACUGCCUCGUGGGGCCUUACCCUCCAAGGCUGGGUUAUCUGCUAUGCCUGGUCUCUCUUCUUUUACGGUUUCGGUGUUGGUGGCGAGUACCCCAUUACAGCAACUUCUUCUCUUGAAGGUGUUUCUUCUGGUGGAAUUAUCUCGACUCGUGAAGAUCGUCUGCACCGUGGCCGCCGUGUCACCACGGCUUUCCUCAUGCAGGGCUGGGGCCAGUUCGUGAACCAAGUCAUCCUCAUUGUUCUGCUCGCCAUCUUCAACAACGGAAAGAGUUCGCCUCCCUACAGCAAGUCGGCUGCCCAGUAUACUUUCCGACUGUCCUUUGCAUUCCCUGCCAUCGGUACGCUCUGGCUCCUCUACUAUCGUACUUACCGGAUGCGCAGCGCUGGUAAGCAGCUCGCUGAGGCAAAGAAGCGCUCCAACGUCACUGGCUAUGAUGUGAAUGCUCUUCGCCACUGCUUUUCCAACUUUGGUGGACGUCUCUUUGCUACUGCUGGUACUUGGUUCUGCAACGAUGUCUUCUUCUACGGCAACAAGCUUUUCCAGGGUCAGUUCAUCAAGGUCAUCUCUCCUGACAGCAAGUCUAGGUUCACUACUUGGACCUGGAACCUUGUCAAUAUCACCGUCUCCCUGGCCGGCUACUAUCUCGCAUCUCUUCUCAUCGAUAACAAGAUGUACGGCCGGAAGAUGAUGCAGCAAGUGGGCUUCUUCAUGUGCUUCUUGAUGUUCGUUAUCCCCGCCUUCAAGUUCGACUACUACACCAGUCCCGCGGGUAUCCAUGCUUUCCAGGCCAUGUACUUCAUCUCGUCCUUCUUUAACCAGUUCGGUCCCAACUCGGUCACCUUCCUCGUGGCUGGUGAGGUGUUCCCCACGCCCAUCCGUGCUACUGCCCACGGCUUCUCCGCCUGUAUCGGCAAAUCUGGCGCUCUUCUCGCUUCCGUUCUCUACAACUACAUCGAUGACCAGACUAAAUUCUACGUCGUCCCAUGGUUCGGUCUCGCUGGUAUGCUUCUGACUUGGAUCUUCCUUCCCGACACUACCGGUCUUGAUCUUAAGGAGCAGGAGCGCCGCUGGUACUAUAUUCGGGAUGGCAAGGAGAGUGAGUACCACGGUGUUGCUGUCAACCCUGCUCAUUUGUCCCUGUGGGAGCGCUUCCGAGGCCUCGGUAAGAGUUACGACCCCGAGGCUGACUGGCGGACCAAGGUCCAGGAUAUGCGUACCGAAUGGGAGCUUGUCCAGGCCAGCCGCGGUCCCAAGGAGACUGAAGGUGCCAUGCCCGAUGACGGCGAGUUCUCGCCAGAGAUUCAUGAGUUCUUCAAGCGCUCUAGCCCCAAGCACAUUGGCCGUCGCGACGAGUCUCUCAUGGUUGACCCAAUCAAUGAGAAGACGGCUGUGCCGUCUGAUGAUUCUAAUUCGAAGUGAUCAUGUCCAAGCAUGGUUGUAUUCGGAGCGAAUCACUGCGUUACACACAUUUUAUUCCGUAGCAGUCAGCGGUUUACAGCAUGAUCUUGGCGUCUGGGUUUAAUAUAUCAUUAGUUAGUCAUUCCUGGUUUCGGAAUUUAAAAGUUCGCGUAUGUCACUUUGAUACAUGAGGAGGUAUUAUUAUUAUUAUGAUGCAUGUCUAAACGGGAGAGGGGCAGAUGAAUCAUGUAUCAGCCCAGACUUGGGCUUUUACAAUAAGUACGUAUUUCAAAUCUUGCCUUGCCAAUGAUCAAAGAGGUUUGGUGACAUAUAAGAGAUGUAACGAUAAUGAGCCAGUUGCAACUCCAAGUUGCGUACUAGACUAAAUAUAAACAUAAAAACAUAAUGCCUG